AUGGGCAAAACACGAGGUAGUAAAUUCAGAUGUGGAAAGUGUCGUCAUGUGCUUUUCUUUGGUGAACACCUGGUCACGCACAAACGUUGCGAUGGCAAGAAUUGCGAAUUCGGUUAUUUGAUCGAGCCAAUGAAAUGGAUGGAUGUAUCUGAAUAUGAGGGCAAGGUAAAUUGUCCGUCAUGUAAAAUCAAGCUAGGUAAUUAUUCUUGGGGUGGCCGACAAUGUCAUGGUGAACCUGGUGCAAAGUGUGUGCAACAUGUAACACCAUGGGUACAUCUACAUCGGGACAAGAUUGACGAAGUUACGAUACAAUCUCCAAUCGAACGGGUGGUACACGCUCCUCCUCGCCAAAUUCCUGCUGUGAUCAUAUCUUGA